AUGGCUUAUUCAGCUGAACCAUCAUCCUCUUUGAGCUUUACUUCCUCAUCCCCUUUGUCAAAUGGUUCGAUAUGCCACAACGUAUCGUGCUCGGGCUCCGAAUCGGUGCCAAAUCUUGAAGUAAUCAGUUUGUCCAAGCUUAGUUCCAGUUUGGAGCAGCUGUUGGUUGAUCCUGGAUGCGAUUUUAGUGAUGCUGAUAUCAUCGUUGAGGGGAUUCCUGUUGGUGUUCACCGAUGUAUAUUGGCUUCGAGGAGUAGGUUUUUUCGCGAGCUAUUCAAGCGAGAAAAGGGGUCUUCUGGGAAGGGAGGCAGGCCAAAGUACUCUAUGAGCGAUUUGCUGCCUUACGGGGAUGUUGGAUACGAAGCCUUCUUGGUUUUCUUAAGCUAUGUGUAUACCGGAAAGCUUAAGCCUUCUCCAAUGGAGGUGUCAACGUGCGUUCACAAUGUAUGUGCCCAUGACGCUUGUAGACCUGCUAUUAAUUUCGUUGUGGAAUUGAUGUACGCCGCUUCCGUUUUCCAAAUGCCCGAUCUGGUUUCGAUAUUCGAGCGGCGCCUUCUUAAUUUUGUUGGGAAAGCUCUGCCGGACAAUGUUAUCCCGAUUCUCGUGGUUGCUUUCCAUUGCCAGUUGAAUCAGCUCAUCGCUCAGUGUAUAGAGAGAGUGGCUCGAUCGGAUAUUGAUGAUAUCUCGAUUGAGAAGGGACUUCCUGAUGAGGUUGUGAAGAAAAUCAAAGUUCUUCGCCGCAAACCUCAGGAGGACUGUGUCUCAAACUUGCCGCCUGUGGAUCCCUUGCAUGAAAAGAGAAUCCGGAGAAUACAUAAGGCUUUGGACUCGGAUGAUGUUGAACUUGUGAAACUUCUUUUGACGGAGUCUAAUAUAACCCUAGACGAAGCAAAUGCUCUUCAUUAUGCUGCAGCUUACUGCGAUCCUAAGGUUGUGACUGAAGUGCUUGAUCUGGGUCUCGCUGAUGUUAACCUCCGGAAUUCUCGUGGUUAUACAGUGCUUCACAUUGCUGUCAUGCGCAAAGAGCCAUCAAUUAUCGUAUUGCUUCUCACUAAAGGAGCUCGUGCGUCGGAGCUAACAUCAGAUGGUCAGAGUGCUGUUAGUAUUUGCCGGAGGUUGACAAGACCAAAGGAUUACCAUUCAAAAACAGAGCAGGGGCAAGAAGCAAACAAAGACCGAAUAUGCAUUGAUGUUCUAGAGAGGGAAAUGCGGCGGAAUCCCAUGGCUGGAGAUACAUCUAUAUCUUCCCAAAUAAUGCCUGAUGAUCUGCACAUGGAGUUGCUGAACCUGGAGAACAGAGUGGCAAUUGCGCGAUUGUUAUUUCCUGCGGAGGCCAAGCUAGCCAUGGUCGUUGCCCAUACAGAGGCAACGCCCGAGUUUCCUAAGCCAUCGUCAUCGAAAGGCUCAAGUGGGAAUCUGAUGGAGGUUGAUUUAAAUGAGACCCCCACAAUGCAGAACAAAAGACUCCACUCUAGGUUGGAAGCCCUUAUGAAAACCGUCCGUUUGGGUAGAUGCUAUUUCCCUCACUGCUCGGAAGUCCUGGAUAAGUUCAUCGUCGACGACCUUCCUGAAUUGUUUUUCCUCGAGUCCGGCUCCUCUGAUGAGCAGAAGGUAAAGAGGAGGCGUUUCAUGGAGCUGAAGGAGGAAGUACAAAAGGCAUUUACCAAAGACAAGGCUGAGUUGAGCCUCUCCGGGUUGUCUUCAUCAUCCUCCUCGUCAUCUCCCAGAAAAUUUGGCACAAAUCAGAAGGUUAGGAAAUUGUGAAGGCGUGUAAAUUUGUACCUAAUAAGCCUUCGAAAUACGAACAAUUUUUUUCGACGUUACUGACGAGAGCGUAGGGAAGUGUUGGCCAUCGGAUCGGUAAAAUCCGGGCAGCUGUGAAUUGCUCUGUUAACUUCACAAACUAGCAAGUAUACUAGUUUUGUACUUCUGUAGAUGAUGGUUUUGAAUAGUAGCGAUAUUUUGAUAAAUGACAUUUACUUUUCAAGCCA